AUGGAGAAAACCACGCAGCCCGAUCUCGAGGCGAGACAACCGCCGGAGAAGCCCCAGUCCACCCUCACGAGGGGUUGGAUGCAGAACGUGGACACCACCAACGCGGACUUGGUUUGUCUGUUACUUUGUUUCCUGACCGGCCUGUGUGACAGCAGCGCCUAUAAUGCCUGGUCUUGCUUCCUAGGCAUGCAAACUGGAAACACCAUCUUCCUCGGCCUCGGUGCGUCCAAUCAGCCUAGCAGCAAGCCCUGGGGCUGGCUGAAGUCGCUCAUCUCCAUCACCUUCUUUUUCACCGGCGCCAUGAUCUUCUCCACCAUUAUGCGGCGCGUGGGGGCUCUUCGUCGCGGCACCCUCUUCGCGUCCUUUCUUGUGCAGACCAUUCUGAUCAUAAUCGCCGUGGCUUUGAUUCAGGCCGACUUGAUCCCUCACACCUCAAAGGACUCCUCUUUGGAUGGAGGCCCCCUCUUCCUGGAGUUGAUCCCCAUCGCUUUGCUCGCAUUCCAGUCUGCGGGCGCUAUGACUUGCAGCCGGUCGCUUGGUUUCAACGAGAUUCCCACUGUGGUUCUCACCAGUGUAUAUUUCGAUAUUGCCUCCGACCCAAAGAUCACAGACAAGCCCACCACCAACGUCAAGCGCAACCGUCGUAUCGGAGGUGUGGUGUCGCUGCUGGUGGGUGCCAUCGCAGGCGGCUGGUUGAGCCGUAGCAGCGGUGGCAUGAUGUCCGCACUCUGGAUGGCUGCGGGACUAAAGUUCGUUGCGGCAUGCGGCUGGCUGUUCUGGAAGGGUGCGGAGCCAAAAUAG